CCACCUAUACUACUGUCAUGCUAGAGACAACUACAGCUGAAACCACAACUACAGAAACUUCAGCCAAAAUCAAAACCACAGAAUCUACAGCUGAAACCACAAUCACAGAAACUACAGCUGAAACCACAACCACAGAAACUAGAGCUGAAACCACAACCACAGAAACUACAGCUGAAUCUACAAUCACAGAAACAGCUGAAACCACAACUACAGAAACCACAGAAACUACAGCCAAAAUCACAACCAAAGAAUCUACAGCUGAAUCCACAACCACAGAAAAAGCUACAGCCGAAACCACAACCACAGAAACUACAGCUGAAACCACAACCACAGAAACAACAGUCGAAUCCACAACCUCAGAACCUACAGCCGAAUCCACAACCACAGAAACUUCAGUCAAAUCCACAACCAUGGAAACUACAGUCGAAACCACAACCACAGAAACAACAGAUGAAUCCACAACCUCAGAACCUACAGCUGAAUCCACAACCUCAGAACCUACAGCCGAAACCACAACCACAGAAACUACAGCCGAAUAUACAACCAUGGAACCUACAGCUGAAACUACAACCACAGCUGAAUCCACAACCAUAGAAUCUACAGCCACAAACACAGAAACUACAGCUGAAGCCACAAACACAGAAACUACAGCUGAAGUCACAACUACAGAAUCUACAGCUGAAUCCACAACCUCAGAAACAACAGUUGAAUCCACAACCUCAGAACCUACAGCCAAAUCCACAACAAUAGAAACUACAGACGAAACCCUGACUACAGAAACCACAGACAAAACCACAACUACAGAAACCACAGAAAAUACAGCCGAGUCCACAAGCGCAGAAACUACAGUUGAAACCACAACCACGGAACCUACAGCUGAAUCCACAACCACAGAAACUACAGCCGAAACCACAACCACAGAAACUACAAACGAAAUCACAACUACAGAAACCACCAAAACUACAGCUGAUAUCACAACCACAGGAACUACAGACGAAUCCAUGACUUCAGAAAGCACAGAUGAAACCACAACUACAGAAACCACAGAAAAUACAGCUGAAAUCAGAACUAUAGAAACUACAGCCGAAACCACAACCACAGAAACAACGGUUGAAUCCACAACCUCAGAACCUACAGCUGAAUCCUCAAACAUAGAAACUACAGCCAUAACCAUUGAAACUACAGCCGGAACCACAACCACAGAAACUAAAGCUGAAACCACAGAAACUACAGCCGAAAUCGCAACCACAGAAUCUACAGCUGAAUCCACAACCUCAGAACCUACAGCGGAAUCCACAACCGCAGAAACUACAGACAAAACCACAACUACAGAAACCACAGAAACUACAACAGAAUCCACAACAUAUGAAACCACAACUACAGAAACCAUAGAAACUUCAGCUAAAACCACAGCUACAGAAACCAGAGAAACUACAGCUGAAAUCACAACCACAGAAUCUACAGCUGAAUCCACAACCAUAGAAACUACAGCCCAAACCUCAACCACAGAAACUACAGCUGAAACAAUCACAGAAUCUACAGCUGAAACCACAACCACAGAAUCUGCAGUUGAAACUACAACCACAGAAACCACAACUAUAGAAAAAACAGAUGAAACCACAACCACCGAAACUACAGCCGAAACCACAACAGCUGGUAAUAUGUAA